AGCCUCAUUCCCGCCACCGCGCUCCUCUUUUCGCGGCAAAAAGCUUUGGACGCGCCUCCUCCUCCACCAACGAUCCCAUGGCGAUGGCGGGCUCUGGCUAUCACUCCCCCCAGUUCUCAGAGGAUAUAGCUUGGCUCCCACCAUGGCUUCAGCCGCAUCAGCUACCUAUGUUUGGUGACUGCGAUAAAGAUGAACAGGGUGCUUGUCCUCUGGUCUGCAAGAAUGUGGUACCUCUUGAAGAUCAAGCUAUAUGCAGUGGACAGUGUGGUCAAUUUUUCAGGGACCGCGUCGGAUUUAGUGGUUGCCAUUUACAUUUAUCUGGUGAUGAUGAGACACCUGCUGGAAGCACACCAUCUUCUGGAAAUGCAUUACAUUUUCAUCUGCAUCUUUCCUCAGUUGGUGUUUCACAGCCCUUCUCAAGUCAACUUAAUGAUAUACCUGAAACAGAAAGGCGUGAAAAUAAUGAUGGUUCAUCCAGUAAUCCUGAUCCAGAAACACCAGGCAUCCAGAAUGAAAAAAUCUGUCAGCAUCUCAUGGAGGAUGGAGCCCCAACACAUGAUAUGUUGCCAGUAGGCUGCAAACCAAGGAUGUCCAUCAAACCCAUCAGAGAACCACUCAGCAAAACUGAGCGGAAUAAUCAGAAGAGAUUUCAACGAAAGCUCGAAACUUGCAAUCUCAGAAAUGCAGACGUAAAUGAUGCAGUUGAGCUUUCUGUUGCUGCCUCGGAAGCAAUGGUCAUUUCAGAAAUGGUGUCUAGUAGCUGCCAAUCUGAACUUUUGGAAGCCAAAACUAUUCUGGAAAUUGCUGUUCGUGUGAAACACGCGCGGAAUCAAUGCUGCUUGGACAUAGAGGAUGGUCCUACCUCAAGUGAUGAAAUUGAUGAGACGGAUGAACUUUGUGACUUGGAUGAAAGCUUUAUGGCAGAUGCAUUUGAAGAUGUUGGUCUGUCAAUUUCCCACUUUGUUAAUUCUUCUUAUAAUUCACCUGGUGGAAAGAAAUAUCCUGACAACUUUUGCAGUUCAGAGCAUAGGAUUCUACAAUCCAGCUAUCCAUGGGAACAAAAUACACAUGUCUCUGAGAGUCUUUGUUGUGAUAAGGAAGAAAGACAAAGCAAGAAACUCAAGGCUCAAGAAGUGGAGACCCCUGAAACUGUUGCUCAAACAUGUGGUGCUAUUGCUAUUACAUCAAAGAAUUUGCCAUUGAAACCUCUCUCUGUGCAGCAAGCAAGGCCCUCUGUAUGUCUAUAUUCUGAUUCCAACACUUCAUGUUUGAAAAACCAAUCUAUAGCUCAAGUACAAGAAGUCCAGAAUACAGAUGCUUUACCUGCAAAGCAGAUGGGUCUGGAAGAAGAUCAAAUAAUUCUUAAGGUCGGCAAAGUUAAUAUACAGGGGGAUGCAAGUAACAGGAAAAACAUAAAAGAUUUGUUUGAUGGGGAGACUAGCUUCAUCUCAGAAUCCAUGGACAUCAUUGACGAUCACCCGAUAGAGCAGAGAAUGGGAGCCGAACCAGAGAUAAUUGGAUCUUCAAGCACUCCAUGUACUAACAUACCAAGAUUUGCUUGUCAGGAAAAUGCAAGUGCUUAUGGAGAGCUUAUGAGAUCUUCUGGCUUAUCAUCUGUAGAUCCUCUUUGUUCUGUUGUACCAUGCAGUAUUUCUUCAGAUGAUGCCUUUAUUAUUUAUGAUUCCAAUCAGAAGAAGAAUGAAGAGGAUGAUGAAAAGUUCAUGAGUUCUAAGGCAGAUGUUGAGGAGCAAAUUUCGAAUGGAAAACCAACAGAACCAAAUUUUCUGGAGACUUUAUCCCCAAGGCGAUUCGCUCAGGCAGAAGAAUGUGAUCUUCCUAAGAAGCAUGCUAAAGAUUUUGGCAUGCCAAGUUGCAAGCAGGUUUCCUCACUCAAACCUUACAGCAUGGUAAUGCCUAUCCUGAACACAUCAAAGAAGAUGGUUUUCCACUAUGAUUCAGUUUCAUCCCUUAACAUGGGUGGAAAGAUUAAGGAUUCAUUUCAUAAUGAAAGAAACACCCAUCAUUUUCUGCCUAAUAAAGAUGAUUGUAGUGUUCCUUUGAAGUGCACAGACAAAAAUGUGCAUGUGGAUCGCCCAAAAAAUAGCAAUAGUUUUGGAAGUAAGGUUCAAGAUAGUGUUGAUGAACCUUUUCCCCUUCUGGAGGCCCAGCACAAUGCCUUUGGGAUUCUGUGUCAUGAGCACAAGAAGGGAUCCUCACCUUUUGUACUGAAUAAGAAGCAUCGCCUUCAGGCUUGUAAUAUAACCUUAAUUAGUGAUGGUGAAGAAGGGAGUCUAAGAGGAUUUUCAGCAUUAAAGAUGAGGAAAUGCAAAUCCAAAGUAUUGAUGAGCGAAGUUAUACAUAAGGAUCAAACCAACUCCACAUCACAUGUACCUUUGCAAAGAAGUUUGCGCUUAUGUCCUCCAAAUAAACAGGUGCUCGAGAAUAAGCAAGUUCAUUUUUUGGAAGCUAAACAUAAUAUUGACUCACCCAAGAUCAGUGCAAGGCUACAAUCUAGUUAUGGGCUUAACAGCUCACACUGUCGAACCAGUAAAAGAGCUAAAAACUCCACGUCACAGCACAAGUCUGGAACUAAAAGGAGUUAUAAUCAUCGGACAAGUUGUGAUGAGGUAGACGGAAAAGAAAUGAUCUUUCUUGGUCUGGAAUUUUUGCUGACUGGAUUUUCAAGUCAGAAGAGAAAGGAACUUGAGGCGCUGAUCAGAAAAUAUGGAGGUUAUGUCCUUUCAAAUAUACCAGCAUGUUCACCAGAUUUAAGAGGGAAAUGGAAGGUAGAUCCUGCAUGCUGGAAGCUUCCCAUCAUACUAUCUCCGAAGAAGGUACAAACAACUAAGUUCUUAUAUGGUUGUGCAAUUAAUACCUGGACACUCAAUGCUAGCUGGCUUGUUGAUUCAGUUCAAGAUGGCUCUGUUUUGUCACCAGGGAAGUACAUGACUCGACCAGCUCAACUCCCUGCAGGGGAAGGCUUAAGAAUUGGAGAGCCACUUUGCUUUGAUGACCAUUCCUUAAUCUUUGACCGAGUAGGAAUCAUGCUUUACGGCAAAGUCAGUUUCUGUACCAAAUUUUCGAAAAUUAUAAAGCAUGGAGGUGGGCGAGUGUUUAAAUCUCUACAGCGACUGGUCCAGAGCCUAAAGGAUGAGAAGAAUAAGCUGGGGGCUAUUCUUGUUGAGAAUGGAGCAAGUGUUUCACGUCACCUGAAGCACUGUGCUUCAGAGAACAAUCUACAGACAGUGCCAGCCAGCUGGAUCGUUAACAGUUUGUUUUCUGGCAAGCUGCUUCCUUUCAAGAAAGACCGUUAUGCUCCAUUGCACAAAAUUAAAAUGCCAAAAUUUCCUCAAGAUCAAUCUGCAGAUAUGAGUCAAGAAAUAUGAUCAUCAGGGCAUAUUAGAUAAAGAUGAGCUCCAUGCCUUCGCAAAGUUGAGAAAAAACAAAUACAACCCAAGGGACAAUCAGGAACUUUCAUCAAAGGAUGUGGGUUCAAUGUUCCAGACUAGAAGGUUCAUUGGUCAAGCAGAAACAGGAUGGAACACAAGACCACAGUUAAAAAAAAACAGAAAAUGGAAGAUACGCUUCUUAUCAAUACUGGUGUCUGAAGAAAAAGACGGUAUGCUGGUAAUUUUGGAGAUCUAAUAAGGAAGAGGCUGUUAACUGACCUGGAUAACCAUCAUCUUCUAGAGCCUUACAUUUUUAAAAGCUCUGCAAUAACUGCUGGGGCAUGGGUUACCUUGUAAAGAAAAAGAAGACACAAAAAGCUAGAGAAUUAGCAGUCUUGAACAGAUCUGAUCAACUUGAGAAGCACCGGAUUAUAAGAGUCCUUUAACAUAUUAUAGUUUAUAUUCUGCAAUAUAAGUGGUUGUCUUUUUAAACUUAUUUGCAUGUGCCUUUCGGAGGGUGAGUUUUGGCGUGGGUUUGAAACACAAAAUAAUCUCUCUGCAUACGAGAUAAGGUUGGUGGUACACAUUUGAUUUUC